UUGAGUUGGGUUGUGACAUACCCAAUAUGGAUAAUCUACACCACCAUCCUGAGGCUUUUCAGGAACCCCCAUCCUGCGAUUACUCUGAAGGAUCCUGAAGUGAAGUAUGCAUUGAGGCUGAUUGAUAAGGAGGAAGUUAGUCAUGACACAAGAAAAUUUCGAUUUGCUCUUCCAUCCAUAGAUCACGUUCUGGGCCUCCCUAUAGGACAGCAUAUCUACCUGUCUGCACGGAUUGAUGGAGCUCUGGUUGUUAGACCUUACACUCCAGUUUCCAGUGACGAUGACAAGGGCUUUGUGGAUCUUGUUGUCAAGAUCUACUUUAGAGGUGUCCAUCCGAAGUUUCCUGAUGGAGGGAAGAUGUCUCAAUACCUAGACAGCCUGAAAAUAGGAGAUACUAUUGACUUCAGAGGACCAAAUGGCCUACUUGUCUACAAAGGAAAAGGAGAGUUUGCUAUUCGGCCUGAAAAGAAAGCUGAACCAGUUCCUAAGAAAGUGAAAUAUGUGGGGAUGAUUGCAGGUGGGACUGGGAUAACACCUAUGCUGCAGAUCAUUCGAGCAAUUAUAAAAGACAAAAAUGACCCUACUGUUUGUCAGCUGCUGUUUGCUAAUCAGACCGAGAAGGACAUCCUGCUACGCUCUGAGCUAGAGGAGAUCCAGGUCCAGAAUCCCGGUCGUUUUAAGUGUUGGUACACACUGGACAGAGCACCUGAAAACUGGGAUUACAGCCAAGGAUUUGUGAAUGAAGAGAUGAUCAGAAACCACCUGCCCCCACCUCAGAAUGAUGUUCUGAUCCUCAUGUGUGGACCUCCUCCAAUGAUCCAGUAUGCCUGCAUUCCCAAUCUGGACAAACUGGGCUACACCAAGGAGAUGAGGUUCUCCUUCUAAAGACGACUGUUAAUUCAGUGGUCUUGUGUAGAAGGGAAGAAAAAACAUUUAAUGGGGAACAGGACAAAGUUAGAGAGAUGGCAGAUGCGCAGUGCUGGGAAGCUACAUAUACAUUUAAAAAGCUUCAAUUUU